AUGCAUUCACUAAAGAAGCUCGUUUACUGCAUGAUCUCAAUCACAGCAAUAUCAGUAGUACAAUUUAAAGCUGUUUGUCACGAACCAGUCGCAGUUUUAAUGCUGGAGUAUGUUUAUUUUGACCUAAGCGUUUUCGGAGGAGAGGGAAAGGUCAGUUCAUUAAAAGAAUUUAUCAGUUACCUUGACACAGGGAAUUGCAAUGGGGUGGACACAAAUUUUAUGACCAGGAUCGCGUCGGAUAUUGGCAGUGGAUUACUGUAUUUGCAUGAAAGAGGAAUCGCGCACAGAGAUUUAAAAAUAGCGAACGUCCUCGUUAGCAAUCAUCAUUACCGCGAGGAAAAAAAUCGCGAUAAAAUUGCCUACCCAUGGAGCCAUGAACCAGUGAUCUGCAAGCUCACUGACUUAAUUUGGAGAAAGUAG